ACCAGGAUCAAUUCAAAGAUCAACGUCAACUCAAUAACGAAAUCUAAAGCUUUUCGAAGCAAUAAUAAAAAACUUUUCGAACCAAGCCACAAGCAGUUCUGCCCUACUCCCAGUCGAAAUUAAAACACGAAAACGCGCGUGGAUGUGUCCGAGUUAAGUGCCGACCGACUACGACAUGCCUUCGCCCGUGCAUCCGUCCAUUGGACUUCCGGGUGUCUCUAAGGGGUAUGAGUUGCCGACGUUAUUGCAAUGCCCCGCUGGGACGUUAUCUCCUGCUCCAGAAAAGCAGGCCGAGGCGCCAGGUCAACCUGAGAAGAUCUCACACCCUCCGCCGGCAGGACAACACCCCGCUUCUCCGUCGCGAUGUGGACCGGAGUCCCGCCUCGCCCACCUCCUGCGGAAGCACUUCGCGGAGCCUCCCAGCGCCCAGUCCUUCGCCUUCAACGUUUUCGAGCACUAUGUUGAGAUGUCGGCCGCCAUUGCCGUGGCCAUCGACGCCUACCUGAGCGACAUGCACUCGCUGCUGUUCGUGACGCUCUUCGGGCUCAUCCUUCCGCCGCUCUGCCACGCGAUAAACACGUACUUCGUGCUCUCUAUCGUGAAAAACGAGAUGCCCGAACGCGAAAAGCUCUACGAGUCCUUCUUCGCAGCCCUGAAUCUGAACCGCUUGCGGGAGGCGCGCAGGUUUCUGAAGGGUCAAGCGCCUAUCUGGAGUCUCCACUUCAAAGACCGCCUUGGCAACCUCACGCUGUGCGCCAUUCCGUCGUGCAUCAUCAGUCUCUCUACCCUCAUGCGCAACGUAGGUGACUUCAACCGCGGGCUGGUCGUUUUCGAGCUGAUAUUCGUUUUCGUGAUGUCGGCGACACAGGUGCAGGUAGUGCACACGUGCCACGGACCACCGGGCAACAUGCAGAAGUACCGUGUGUGGGGAAUAAAAACUGGAGAAGAUUCUCUUCCGUCUGACGGCGCGGGCAAGCUGCUCUGCCACGCCCUCUCGGCUUUCCUUAUCGACGUUUCUCAGGUGGCCUAUCGGCUCCUUCUGCUCACCCUCCUGACGGUGUUCUGCGGCUGGUCCGCCACGGUCGCGGUCCUCGGCGUGUACGCGAUCGUCACGACCUUGUUGGUACGGAUCGGGCUGUCGCUGGUGCCGGCUUAUCUCGGCUACGUGGACAUCAUGAGCUGCAUUACAGGGCUCGAGACGGCGCUCUACGACUACUGCUGGCUGGAGCCGGUCCCCGUGUACUCGUUCUACAGCGAGGCACACUUUCCGCUUCGCGCACUACAGGCAAUGGUGAUGGUGUGGCUCAUCCAUCUGAACUGGACAGAUGCGGCCGUCGCCGAUUUGGACGAAGAUGUCCUCGGUCUGACUGUCGGCCUGGCUGCCGUUUUCUCUGCUUUAUAUUUUGCGUUGUACCCGGUCUACAUGUACGGCGUCAACAGGCAUCGUUGGCGCGAGUCGAAAACUCGAAGAGACGAAUUCUUAGCUACCAUGUACAAAAAGCGGGUCGAAAGACUACAGUCGAAGAUUUAGGAGAUGGAUAUUUAUUUUUUACGAUCACACUCACAGUCACAAUGGAAUGUGACACAGACAUUCCACCUGCAUAUCAAUAACGAGGACAAGUUAUAACGUUCUGGCUUCUACAAUCUACAUCUACUAAAUUAAUUGGCGGUUUUCGUUUUUUGGUUUGAUUUUUUUGUGUAAUGCUAGGCCUAGGCUUAUCCUUAUGUUUCAGAGGUCAGAGGAAUUGUGAUCAGCUCGGAUAAGAAGGUCAACAAGAAGUUUCAAAAGAACACCAAACAGCAGGAAGUAGAAGCAAAUUUCGGUGUCGGUGUCGAGCGUGUAGGUCUCUGACAGUCGAUUUGUCGUCCUUGUUCCUGUUGCCGUUCCCGGGAGUGAAAGAUAUCAUCGGUUCCGCCACUGCAUUGAUUGAUUUUCUUCCUUCGUGCCAUGCAUGGCGUGUCGUUGCUCAAGUGAAUUCG